UUUGAAAUGGAUGCUACAGAAUGUUUAUAUGUUAUUUUGUUCUGUUAUGGAGCCCUAUUUUUCUUUGAUCGCUUUUUUAAGAGUUGUUCGAUGUAUCCUUACAUCGCAUUUCUAAAUGGAACUGGAUUAAAUAUAGGAUUUCUACGUAUUAGUUGGCGGACAACAGCAUUCAAUCGAACAUUACUGAAAAUUGGUACAAAAUAUAAAAAUUUAUUGAAUAUAUGGUUCGAUAUUGGCAUAUACGUAACAAUAAUUCUACUUCCAAUAUCAAUUGGUGUACUUCUUUAUGCAGCCUUUCAAAUUUUCGUGUUCUCAAGCACCACAGAUAAAGUUGCUAGCAAUAAAGAUACUAUUAUUGAGCCUAUAAUUCCUGGUGUCACGUCACCCCUAAAUGAAAUUGGAUAUUAUGCCAUUACGCUACUAAUAUCCAGUUGUUUGCAUGAAUUGGGUCAUGCAAUUGCAGCCGUCCGUGAAGAUAUUCACAUAAUUGAAGUGGGUUGUAGCGCAUUUUUUAUUUUACCCGUCGCAUUUGUAAUUAUCUCAAAUGAUCAAUUACAAACACUUAAUGUUAAGAAAAAAUUACGUGUGCUAUGCGCAGGCGUAUGGCAUAAUUUAGUUAUUGCAGUCAUUGCAUAUUUAAUAUUUAUAUCGUUACCGCUUUUAUUCAUGCCAUUUUAUGCGUUAAACCGUGGCGUGUAUGUAUCUGAAGUAAGUCAUAAAUCACCGUUACGAGGACAGCGUGGAAUCGAGGUUGGAGAUAUAAUAGUUGGAAUUAACGAGCAUAAAAUUUACAACGAUCAAACUUGGUUUCAAGCACUUACACGAACUAUCAAACAAAAACCAGGAUAUUGUGUGGAAACCGAUUUCGUGCAUGCGUUAGAUGAAAGUGUUGUAACGGAACAUCAUGAAAUUAAUGGAUUAAUUGAAUGUUGUGGACCGAACAAAGGACAAAAUUUAUGUUUUGAAUACUUAGAGGCAAGUGAUGGGAUUGUUCAACUUCCACCACACAUGUGUUUACCAGCUCGUAAAAUUGUUGAGCAUGCAAAAACUUUAUGCUAUUCUGGUACGUGUUCCUUGGACUUACAUUGUAUUAAACCGGUGUUACCAAAUGCAACGAGUUUGCUAAGUAUUAGCCGAUAUCGAAAAGAUCAUGUGAUUUAUAUAGGACAUCCUUCCGAUGUAUUUUAUUCGGUUCAAGUAUCUGCGUAUGUACCAAAAACAUGGUUUUUAAGUUCGAAAUUUGCGGAACGUAUCGACUUGCUACUAAAAUAUUUAGUGGUUUUUUCAUUAGGUUUAGUUAUUGUAAAUAUUAUACCAUGUUGGUACUUAGAUGGAGAACAUAUAAUUGUUGCCGUUGUACAAUUAGUGUUAGCACGACGAAUCCAAUCGAAAUUAGUUAAGGAUGUAAUUUCUUUAAGUUUAACAAUAUUCGGUACGGUAUUUUUAAUUUUAGUUAUACUAGGCACCUUAUUAAUGAAAUUAUUUUAUUAA